UUUACAGGAAACUUUAAAAAUCACAAUAACGACGUAAUUGAAAACAGUGUGGGACAUAAUGUUUAUAAGCCAAUGGAGUUAAUCGAGUGAAUUACAGUAAUGUCCAUGCGACUUCCAUCUUCCAAUUUAUUUGGGGCAAAUGAAGCACCGCAGUUUGACACAUGGAACCUGGCUAACAGACCUGUUAUCUGCGAGUCCUACACCCUAACCACCAAAUACCGCCAGUGUAAGAACCCCGUCACACGGAGAUUUAAGGGCGUGCUUGGCUUUAAGCGGAAGCGACGCCCCGAGUCUCGUGCUGAAAGCGAGGGCGGAGAGUCUAACCACAGUCACGGCACGUCCGACAUCGACUUCGACAAGGAAUUCCCAGACGAUUUUGAUUACGAUGAAAAAGAAAACAAGGCAGAAGAAAAAUUAUCGAACACACCCAAAGUUGAUGUCUUGAUUCAGGAUCCGCCCCCAGAAUCUGUGACUUCAACCGACAUACAAGAGGAUACAGACCCCAAGACCGUAAUCAAACGCACCCCGUGUCAGGAGCUGUACAUCAGGUCCUGUAAGUUCCUUGACGUAAUUCCAGCGUCAACGUUCAUACGUCAUCUGGGGGAUGAAAAAAUCCAAUUACGUCAUCACUUCCUCGGUCCAGACGGAACAAAAGCUUGCUGUAUGGCUCUUCUGAGUAACUCCACAGUGACGUCUCUGGAUUUAAUGGACACCAAUCUCGGAGCGGAUGGUGCUCGCCAUAUUGCUGAUCUUCUACGAGAAAACCACUUCAUAACUGAACUGUCGGUGGCAGAAAACGAACUGGGCAUAGAAGGCAUAAGGCCAAUUUUGGAAGUUGUGGAACAACUAGACAACAUUAUCAGUCUCAAUCUCUCAGGUACUGGAUUAAAGGAGAAAGAUGCCGAGGAAUUCCGAGGAAUAUUUGAGGAAACUCAGCAUCUAAAGCGGUUAAUCUUGAGUCACAAUGAGUUCCGGGAGAUUGGCGGAGAAAUCUUCGGAGAGCUGAUCGGAUUCAAUGAUACUUUGGAAGUGCUUGAUCUCAGCUGGAAUCAUCUACGUAAUAAAGGUGCUAAAGAACUCGCUAUAGGACUCGAGGAAAACAAGGGUUUACGGGUGCUGGACGUGUCAUGGAAUGGUUUUCAUCUGGCGGGCUGUAAACAGCUGGCGGAGGCCCUGGUAGUCAACACAGAGUUACAAGAACUGAACCUGAACUGUAACAGGAUCAACAAAGACUGUCUGGAGAAACUCCUGAAAGGAUUCAAACAGAACUCCACCCUCAGAACACUAAAGUUGGCUUGGAAUCCUAUUACGUCACCAGGAGCGCAGUUGGUGCUCAACAUGUGCGAGGAGCGCCCGGAUGUAGGACUGAAGGAAAUCGAUAUACACACUCAGCUGGUGGAACCGUCGUUUACGGAGGCGGCACACAAACUGGACUCGGAGCGGGGGAUAAAAAUCCUGUAUGGUAUGGUGCGGGGUCAGGACCCCCAGGACGGAGACCAGGACGAAGACGGGUUGAUUCAGGAGAACCCCACCUUGGUCCUGAUGGAGUUCGCGCGCCUGAUGGGAUUCCGGCCGGUGGAUCUACUGUCCACGUUUGACAAGGACAAGAGCAUGUCACUGGACAAAGCCGAGAUUAAAAUGGGACUAAGGUUAUACUGUAUCCCUCUGUCCGACCGUUGUCUGGAUUUCAUGAUACAAAAACUGGAUGUUGAUGGCGACGGAGAGAUUGAUCUUAAGGAGGUGAUGCAAGCCAAGUCAGAAUACAAGCUGAAGGAGAGAGAGAUGCACAACGCCUCCAAGAACUGGAACUUUGACAUAGAAAACACAGACAUUGGACGUGUUCGAAUCAAACUCCAGAGAUUGAUGCAGAGGAAAAUGGACGGCAAUCCAACAUUUAGAGCGCGCGUGGACUUGUUCCAAGAGGCACUCAAAGAGGGAAAACUCAAAUCCGUGUACAAUGACAAAAAAGACAAAGCAAAAGAAAGAGAACGAAUUCAACAGAAACGGAUGAUUAAACGACAGCUGGCAGACGACUCCUUGGAUGAAGAGGAACAAUCCAAGUUAAAACUCGACCUCGAAAUUGUUAGCCAGGAAAUGGUGACAGAAAACUCCAGAAUCGGUAGCGGAUCUAGGAGAGCGAGUGGACGACCAGCUUCCGGACUUCAAAAAUUAAAAGAGCAUCAAGAAAACAGUGACACAAAAUCCCCUAAAACUUCCCGGCCAAGUUCUGACCUAACAUCUCGCCCUAUUUCCGGACAUUCAUCCUUCCGACCUAAUUCUAGUCGCCCCGGCUCCACAACUCGCCCUAAGUCCUCACAGUCAAGUCAGAGAGGGGCGGGGAAUUCCAGCACCACGUCCUCACGGCCGGGCUCCCCUCUGAUUAACACAGCGAGGAGGGACUCGAAAAACAUGACAUCUAAUCCAAACUCAGAAAGAAGGAGCGGAUCUAAUGGAAAUGAUUGGAAACCCCUCAAUUUCUGAUUCACUAUGUGUGAAUUAAUUUAUU